AUGGCGACGGCGCGCGGCAGCGGCGGCUUCCCCCGAGCGCUGCCGCUGCUGUUGCUGCCGCUGCUCCCGGUGUUGCUGCCGUCGCUGCUGCCCCGCGCCGCCGCCGAGCAGGUUGUCCUGCUGGACUCAAAGGAAUCGCAGGCGGAGCUGGGCUGGACCUCUCACCCGUCCAACGGGUGGGAAGAAAUCAGUGGUGUGGAUGAGAAUUACAAACCCAUCCGCACCUACCAGGUCUGCAACGUCAUGGAGCCCAACCAGAACAACUGGCUGCAGACAGGCUGGAUCGCCAGGGGCGACGGCCAGCGCAUCUUCAUCGAGCUGAAGUUCACCCUGCGGGACUGCAACAGCAUCCCUGGUGUGACUGGCACCUGCAAGGAGACUUUCAACCUGUACUACGUUGAGUCUGACUCUGACCUGGGUGGUCACGUCCAUGAGAGCAAGCACACCAAGAUCGACACCAUUGCUGCUGAUGAGAGCUUCACGCAGGGGGACCUGGGCGAGCGUAAGAUGAAGCUGAACACCGAGCUGAGGGAGAUUGGGCACCUGAGCAAGAGAGGCUUCCACCUGGGCUUCCAGGAUGUGGGUGCCUGUGUGGCGCUGGUCUCCGUGCGGGUCUAUUACAAGAAGUGCCUCAGCACCGUGCAGAACCUGGCCGUGUUCCCGGACACGGUGGCGGAGGUGGCCUUCGCGACGCUGGUGGAAGUUAAGGGCACUUGCGUGGCUCAUGCUGAAGUGGACGUGGAUAAUCCCCCCCGGAUGCACUGCAGCGCAGAGGGCGAGUGGCUGGUGCCCAUUGGGAAGUGUGCCUGUGGUCCUGGCUUCGAGGAGAAGGAUGGGGAAUGCAGAGCUUGCCUUCCUGGAUUUUACAAGCUGUCCCUCCGGCUCCCUCUCUGCUCUCCUUGCCCUGAGCACAGCUUCACGCAUGAGGAAGCCUCCACGUUCUGUCUGUGCCAGAAGAACUACUCCAGGUCCCCAUCAGACCCACCAUCUGCCUCCUGCACACGUCCCCCCUCUGCCCCGAGGAACCUGGUGUACAGCCUGCGGCAGUCGUCGCUGGUGCUGGAGUGGAGUGCCCCUGCCGACGCAGGCGGCCGGAGCGACCUCACCUACAGCCUGUGGUGCGGGCGCUGCCCGGCGGCGCUGCGGGGCCGCUGCGAGCAGUGCGGCAGCAGCGUGGGCUUCGUGCCGCAGCAGACAGGGCUGGUGGGCCGCACCGUCACCCUGGUGAACCUGCUGCCUCAUGCCAACUACACCAUCCGCGUGGCGGCCGUCAACGGCGUCUCGGCCCUCAGCCCGCUGGCCGGGCAGCAGUACGCCGAGGUCAACGUCUCCACUGGCCUCGCAGCACCAACUCCUGUCACUGACAUCCACACGGAUAAGGUUGAGCAGAAGAGUGUCUCCUUGUCCUGGCAGGUGCCAGGCUUCCCAACCACCAACAGCACUGAGUACGAGGUCAAGUACUAUGAGAAGGAUCAGAGAGAUCAAAGUUACUCGACUGUGAAAACCACAUCCCCAGCCGUGACGGUCAAUAACCUGAAGCCUGGCACCCUCUACAUUUUCCAAGUCCGCACAUCCUCCUCGCCGGACUACGGAGGCUCCAGCCCCAGCAUUGAAGUGGAGACGCUGGCAGAGCUGCCGGUGGCGUCCAGCGAGCAGAACCCUGCCCUCAUCAUCGCCGUGGUGGCCAUCGCGGCGCUGACGGUGCUGGUGUCCGUAGUGAUCGGUGUGAUGGUCUGGAGGAGACAGUGUGGGUACAGCAAGGCCAGCCAGGACGGGGACGAGGAGCUCUACUUCCAUUUUAAAAUACCCACCAGGAGGACCUACAUCGACCCUGACACUUGUGAAGAUCCCAUGCAAGCUGUGCACCUCUUUGCCAAAGAGCUGGAUAAUGCUAAUGUUAAAAUUGAGAGGAUCAUUGGAAAAGGGCAGUUUGGGGAGAUCUGCAGAGGCUGCCUGAAGCUGCCCAGCAAGCGUGAGCUGCCUGUGGCCAUCCAGACCCUGCGGGCAGGCUGCUCCGAGAAGCAGCAGCGCUUGUUCCUGGCAGAGGCCAGCACCAUGGGGCAGUUUGACCACUCCAAUGUCAUCCGCCUGGAGGGGGUCAUCACCAGAGGGAGCACCAUGAUGAUCGUGAUGGAGUACAUGGGGAAUGGUGUGCUGGACUCGUUCCUCAGGAAACACGAGGGACAGUUCACAGCCACCCAGCUCAUCUGCAUGUUGCAGGGGAUUGCCUCUGGCAUGAAGUACCUGGCAGAGAUGGGUUACAUACAUAAGAGCCUUGCUGCCCACAAAGUCCUGGUGAACAGCAGCCUGGCAUGCAAAAUAACUGGUUUCAGACGGCCACAAGAAGACAAGAUGGAGACCAUCUUCUCCACCAUGCGUGGGAAGAGCCUGGUGCUGUGGUCAGCCCCUGAAGCCAUUCAGUAUCACCACUUCAGCCCAGCCAGUGACGUCUGGAGCUUCGGCAUCGUCAUGUGGGAAGUGAUGUCCUAUGGCGAGAGACCCUACUGGGACAUGUCCAACCAGGACGUGAUGAAGGCUGUGGAGGAUGGGUUCCGCCUACCUGCCCCAGUGAACUGUCAGCCGCCCCUGCACCAGCUCAUGCUCGACUGCUGGCAGAAGGAGCGCAGCCAGAGACCCAAGUUCUCACACAUCCACAACAUCCUGAGCAAGAUGGUGCAGAGCCCAGAGCCCCCGAAGUGUCCCACCUCCACCUGCACCAGGUCCCGCAGCACCUCCAUCCCCCUCACCCAGCGCACCUUCUCGGCCUUCCCAUCCUUCAGCUCUGUGGGGGAGUGGCUGGAAGCCAUAGAAAUGGGCAGGUACAAGGACAACUUCACUGCUGCAGGCUACUGCUACCUAGAAUCAGUGGCCAGGAUGACAGCCCAAGAUGUCCUCAGCCUGGGGAUCACACUGCCAGAGCACCAGCAGACCAUCCUGAGCGGGAUCCAGACCCUGCGGGCCCAGGUGAUCCAGAUGCACGGCCGAGGCGUGCAGGUGUGA